AUGGCCAGAAGGCACAUAUACAAAAGCCGCACUCGACACUUCCCGCCACUACUGGGUGCAUCGUUACGGAAGGAGGAAUUUUCAUAUCAUCAACAACAACAACAACAACAACAACAACAACAACAACAACAACAACAACAACAACAACAACAACAACAACAACAACAACAACAACAACAACAACAACAACAACAACAACAACAACAACAACAACAACAACAACAACAACAACAACAACAACAACAACAACAACAACAACAACAACAACAACAACAACAACAACAACAACAACAACAACAACAACAACAACAACAACAACAACAACAACAACAACAACAACAACAACAGCAACAACAACAACAACAACAACAACAACAACAACAACAACAACAACAACAACAGCAACAACAACAACAGCAACAACAACAACAACAACAACAACAACUAAUGGUCUAA